GAUACACAACAAGAGGAGUAGUGGUGUUGCAAAGAGAAGCUGAACUUGUACCUAGCAACGCAGGUGGAACAAUGGGCACAAUGGAAACUGGAGAGUCUGUUCGCAAGCAAGACCGUGGAAGAGAUGGGGGUGGUGAGGAGGAACGCAAUCGUCUACGGCCAAGCACAGACAAAUAUGAGAGGGGGGUGCAUUGGGCAAGAUUUCGGAGAAAAGGACGUGAGCGUCGAAGAGAUUGUGAUAUUAUUUGCAUUGGAGCUGCACGACAGGAAGCUGUAGCAGUAAAAACUAAAGAAGGGGAAAUUACAGUUAGGGAAACUGCUGCACUGAAAACUGCAGCAGUGGAAACCGUAGCAGUAGAAACUGCAGCAGCGGAAACUGGAGCAAUGGAAACUGGAGCAAUGGACACUGCAGCAGUGGAAACCGCAACAGUGGACACUGCAGCAGUGGAAACCGCAACAGUGGACACUGCAGCAGUGGAAACUGGAGCAGCGGAAAUUGCACCAGUGGACACUGCAGCAGUGGAAACUGCAACAGUGGACACUGCAGCAGUGAAAACUGCAGGAGUGGAGACUCCAGCAGUGGAGACUGCAGCAGUGGAAACUGCGGUAGCAGCAGAUGAGUAAGCAGGGGCAGGACAAGAGCACCGUGGGGGUGAAGAAGAAAUUGGAUGAUACAAGGACCAUCGCAACAUGCGUCGGAACCACUAUAUAUAUAUAUAUAUACAGUUUGCCACAGCCCCUCGUUUGUUGUCCUCUUCUCCCUCUCUGCCUACGAUUUACCGGGCAGCUCUGUUUGACUAUAUCUAUAUAUAUCGUCACAAACAAAUAUAUAUAUAGCAUGGCUACGAUCCGGACGUCCGGACCGCCGUCCGGACGGUCUGGAUUCAGUCCGGAAUCCAGACGUCCAGUCUGGAAGGUCCGGAUCUGACAAAUUUCGAGA